AUGUCAGGUGCUCAAAAGAGGUCACGGGCGCCGCCCACCUUGACUUCUGGUUGUGCUGAUUUAUGCAUCCGACGGCUUCGAAAGGCCCAAAAGGUUCGGCCGCCAGCAGAGCGCUUGGCCGCACUCUUACAAGAGUUGAAGCGGGAGGUUCGAGGCAAAGUGCUGGGCCGCCUCAGAGAGUGGCAACGGCUACAAUUGGAGCAGCAGCUGCUGCGGAAAGUGAAAGACUCUGGAGGUACCCAGGGCUCUUUGGCUUUAGCACCUGCUGUGAAGCAGAUCUCCAGGCACGCGCUAGCUGCGCUGCUGCGCAGCCAACAGCAAUGGUAG